UCCGUCUGGAGGCGGCGGCGGUGGUAGCGGCAGUAGCUGCAGCAAAAGCAAAAGCGUCCGAGUGUCCCGGAACCUCGGACACCCCCUUUCUCCUUCAGCCCUCUUCUAGUCCAAGAGGUUCUUGCAGCCCGGCGGGGAUGGAUCUUCAUAAGCCGAUGACCACUCGCCGCUACCAAGUGCUUCAUAAUGAAGAUGAUAAUUCAGAGUCACCUGUGGUUGAGCCACCAUCAACUUCAACACAGAUACUAAGGACUUCUCCUUCUGCACCAAUACUUGAACCUGAGACUUCUCCUCCACCUUAUAGUAGCAUUACUGUGGAAGCAGCUGCAACUUCAGAACCUGAAACUCACAGUGAAUUUUAUCCUGUGCCACCACCCUACAGUGUAGCUACCUCUCUUCCUACUUACGAUGAAGCAGAGAAAGCCAAAGCUGCUGCAAUGGCAGCUGCUGCAGCAGAACCAUCUCUGAGAGAAGAAGAGUUUCCUCCAAGAGAUGACUUCAGUGAUGCAGAUCAGCUUAGAGUGGGGAAUGAUGGUAUCUUCAUGCUGGCUUUUUUCAUGGCAUUCAUUUUCAACUGGAUUGGAUUUUGUUUAUCCUUCUGUAUAACUAAUACCAUUGCUGGAAGAUAUGGUGCCAUUUGUGGAUUUGGCCUUUCAUUGAUCAAAUGGAUCCUCAUUGUUCGGUUUUCUGAUUUUUUUACUGGAUAUGUCAAUGGACAAUACUGGCUUUGGUGGAUAUUUCUUGUUCUUGGCCUUCUCCUUUUCUUCAGAGGAUUUGUCAAUUAUCUUAAGGUCAGAAACAUGUCAGAAAGUAUGGCAGCUGCUCAUAGGACAAGGUUUUUCUUCUUGUAUUAAUGACUGCAUCGACCAGACAUUCCUUUCCUAUACCAAUGUGAAAUUUCCAGAUGAUCUGUAAGCCUCCAGCCUAAUAGGAUAGAAGACUACUAACAACAGAAGACCAAUUAGAGAAGAAAAUAAAUUGAA